AUGGACGGUUCCUCCCUUCCUUACACUUGCAACACCUGCCUGGUCGCUUGGCGCAGCAGCCAGGUCCAGCGUGAACACAUGCGCACAGACUGGCACUUGUAUAACGUCAAGCGCCGUGUCGCCUCUCUGCCUCCUGUUUCGCUGCCAACAUUCAACGAGAAAGUCCUCGCUGUCCAAGCCUCUUCCACUGCCGCGGCAGCCAAGGCGUCAUUUGAAAAGACCUGCGUUGCCUGUCAGAAGACCUUCUACAGUGAGAACUCGUAUCAGAACCACAUCAAGAGCUCGAAACACAAGUCGCGCGAGGCGCGUAUGACCAAGGAGCACGCCGAUGAUGCUUCCUCCGUUAUGAGCUCGACCUUUUCGCUUGGAGAGCCGAUCAACAAGACCCAAGAGAAUGAUGAUGUCGCCCAGGCUGCCGACAGCCUGAAGGCAGCAACGAUCGAAGAGGAGGAUGAACAAGAAGAGGAGCCUGAUAACGAAGAGUUCUCGUCAUCUCGCUGUCUUUUCUGUAACAACAAGGAAUCAGACAUCAACGCCAACAUCGAGCACAUGCUCAAGAGCCACGGCAUGUUCGUCCCGGAGAAGGAUUACCUCGUCAACCCUGAAGGUCUUAUAAAAUGGCUGUACCGCAAGAUCAAUGAGAACAACGAAUGUCUGUACUGUCACGCCAUCCGGAACAACCCCGCUGGCGCCCGCACACACAUGCGCGACAAGGGCCACUGCAUGAUCGCUUUCGAAACUGAAGACGAACAGAUUGAGAUCGGCCAGUACUACGACUUCCGAAGCACUUACUCUGACGACGACGACGACGACGACGACGCUGAAUCGACCAUUAGCGAUGUCGGAGAAGGCGGAGUCAAGGUCACAUCAGAAGGCGACGACGACGGCUGGGAAACCGACGCCUCUUCCGUCGACGAAGAUGAAGACGAAGAAGAGGAGCAGAAAUUGGCCCUCAGCCGCAAAAACAAUGCCGUCGUUCUCGAGGACGAAUUCGAACUGCACCUCCCCUCUGGCCGUACAGUCGGCCACCGCUCCCUCGCCAAGUACUACCGCCAGAACCUGCACAACUACCCGACGCCUUCUGAACGCGAAGAACGCCAACUCGCCAUUGAAAACGGCGAGAUCGAGCCCGAACAACCAAAGCCCAGAGGCCGCAACCUCAACCGCGCGGUUGUUUCCCGCGCUAACGGCGGCUCGGGUAUGGUUGGUAUUCCGGAGGAGCAGAGACGGGCCGUUACCAAGGCCGAACACAAGCAGAAUGACCGUGCUCAGCGACAAGAAUUCAGAUACCGUGCCCGUGUGAACAGGGCUGCUAACCACCAGAAACACUACCGGGAUCCCCUUCUUCAAUGA